AAGUUGUCUUAUUGUGAUAUGCAAAAUAUCACCUCUCUUGUAAAUUAUGCAAAGAUCUCAUAUUAAAGUUAGUUUGAUAAGCCUGAGCUGAGCGCGAGGAUCAGUUUCUAUUUUUGUACAGUGUCCUAUAAAAGAACAUUGAGGAAGUUAAAGCAAAACAUCAAAAUGGCUGAAGGUGGAUUAAAUGAAAAGGAAAAUUUGUGUGAUUUUAGUAAGCAGACAACGCACAAUGAUGUUCAGUUUAUUGUAGAAAAUCAAGAGGUUUAUGCUUCAAGAGCUGUUUUAUGCAUUGCCUCACCUGUUUUUGAUGAACUGUUUGAAAACAAUCCAACGCAAACUGUGGAGUUACCUGGAGUGGAGAUAGAGCAUUUUAAACAGUUUCUGAAGUGUAUCUAUCCACAUAUAUUGGAUGAAAUAAAUGAGGAAACAGUCUACUGGAUACUCCCAUUUGCUCACAAGUACAAAGUCAAAAUUCUGCGAGAAAGGUGCGUCAAAAUGAUAUUAGAAAUCAUAAAACGCAGGUAUGUACAGAAUGCGAAGGAACUCUACCGUCACAUAAAACUUUCCGAACUGUACGAGGUACAAGAAUUUGAGGAAUUAUGUGUAGACAUGGCGUCAGAGUGUACACUCACUGAGAUAGAAGAAGCAAACAAGGACUACCCAAUAUCACCUGAAACUGACCUUAGAAUAAUGAAAAUUGGGCACAGAAAGCUAGAGCUGGCCAAACAAGACAUGGAAUUAUGUGGUAGAUACAUAAAGAAAGACAACCUUCAGUCAGCCGUUACCGGACUGUUGGAUCCAAAACUGUAUUUAGAAAGUACAGAUCCGGAAUGGGAAACAUACAGGCGUUAUAAGUAUUUCAAGGAGGAAGAAAAAUAUAAAAAUUACAUGCAAGCUUCUAGACUCGUUCAUGUACAUUUCAAAGGCAACCAAGGACUUAAAGCUGAUGCAAUCAGAAAUCUUGAAGAGGUGAGGGGUGAGGAUAUUGAACUAUUUAAAUUACUGCCUCAUGACUUGAAAAUAGAAUUAGAAAAAUACAGACAUUCUCAGUAAACGAUACAAGGUGUAAUAGCUAUUCGUAACAACUGAAUUGGUACAUAUGUAGUUAAUACAUGUUUUGUCUCUAUGAUAAGCAUGGACCAAGUUUGACACUCAUAUUAUCAUGAAUGAGUGCAUCAGUAAAUGACAAUAUUCUGUAAUCCAGAUUUUGCCUAUAACUGUUUAUCUUAUUUUUAUAGGCUUAGGUGAUAUUAGCAAAAAUAUAGCUUUAUGAUUAACAUGCAUCAAUGCCGUAAGGAGGGUGCUGCAUUAUAGUUUAAUGUCGGAUCUAAAUUAUUAUACUAGGAUUCUGCCUACGAAUAAUUAAAAUGAAAAUGGACAUAUCAACAGACAUAUGAGCCGUGCCAUGAGAAAACCAACCUAGUGGCUUUGCGAACAGCAUGGAUCCACAGGUGGCAGUAACGUACCUAGGAUACAGUAUGGGUCCAUGGGCCAUAUGCACUUACAUUUAUUACAAUUAUAAUGUUUUCUUAGGAAAAAAAUGACAAAAAGCCAUUUUGAAAAAUAUUUUGCUCCUGUGACAAUGAGCCAUUUACAAGGUAGAUAUGAACAGUUUCACACGUGCAUUGCUACCAGGUCCGUAUUUUUUUUCAAAACAAUAUUUCCUUAUCAAUGAUUGGUCGCCUUUUCGGCAAGAGAUUACUCUUUCAGAAAAACCUUACUUCAAAACCCAGUUCCAAACCGUUUACGCAUCACGAGCGAGCAACGGCGUACAAAACGAUAGUGAUUUCUCCACCCGAAAAAAUCCCACACAUUUUUCGCACCGAAGUAGCGACCUGGUAGCAAUGCACGUGUGAAACUGUUCAUAUCUACCUUGUAGAUGGCUCAUUGUCACAGGAGCAAAAUUUUGUUCAAAAUGGCUUUUUGUCAUUUUUUUCCUAAGAAAACAUUAUAAUUGUAAUAAAUGUAAGUGCAUAUGGCCCAUGGACCCAUACUGUAUCCUAGGUACGUUACUGCCACCUGUGCAUGGAUCCAGACCAGCCUGCGCAUCCGCGCAGUCUGGUCAGGAUCUAUGCUGUUCGCUAAUAGUUUCUCUAAUUCCGAUAGGUUUUGAACAGCAGGUAGGAUAAAGACUUUUGUUAGGCCAGAAAUGCAUCUAUCAUAUGAGAAACGCUAUGAAAAACGUAAACCCAUAACAAUUUCGAAAUUUAGAUUGUAACUAAAAAAAUUGUACAUAUUCUUGCUUAUAGAAUAGUCAUGAUGUUUUGACAGUUAAUAAUGGAUUCGAAACAAUGAAGUCAAAACUGAAAUUAAUAAAUUGUUCCUAAGUUUGAUCCUUAAAGCUAACCACGAGCACUUCGUUCUGGGGUGAGCUAACAUCAGAACAUUUUUCUACACUGAUUCUCCGGUUAUAACAAUAUCUGAUCACAUCACUGUAUAUUAAACAACAAAUCGUCUGUUAUUUAAGUGUAUAGUGUCUACAAUAUGUCUCUUUCACAUUUCGGCUUGUAUCAGCGCUGUCGUCUGUGUUUCUUUGACUGCCGUAGCUACAUUCUGUCUGUGUAUGCACCUAUUACUGUCACUGACUGCCGUAGCUACAUUCUGUCUGUGUAUGCACCUAUUACUGUCACUGACUGCCGUAGCUACGUUCUGUCUGUGCACACCUAUUACUGUCACUGACUGCCGUAGCUACGUUCUGUCUGUGCACACCUAUUACAGUCACUGACUGCCGUAGCAACGUUCUGUCUGUGCACACCUAUUACUGUCACUGACUGCCGUCGCUACGUUCUGUCUGUGCACACCUAUUACUGUCACUGUCUGCUUCUGUCUGUGCACACCUAUUACUGUCACUGUCUGCCGUCGCUACGUUCUGCCUGUGCACACCUAUUACUGUCACUGACCGCCGUAGCUACGUUCUGUCUGUGCACACCUAUUACAGUCACUGACUGCCGUCGCUACGUUCUGUCUGUGCACACCUAUUACUGUCACUGACUGCCGUCGCUACGUUCUGUCUGUGCAAACCUAUUACUGCCACUGACUGCCGUCGCUACGUUCUGUCUGUGCACACCUAUUACUGUCACUGACUGCUGUAGCUACCUUCUGUCUGUGCAUACCUAUUACUGUCACUGAUUGCCGCCGCUACGUUCUGUCUGUGCACACCUAUUACUGUCACUGACUGCCACCGCUACGUUCUGUCUGUGUACACCUAUUACUGUCACUGAAUGCCGUAGCUACGUUCUGCCUGUGUACACCUAUUACUGUCACUGACUGCCGUCGCUACGUUCUGUCUGUGUACACCUAUUACUGUCACUGACUGCCGUCGCUACGUUCUGUCUGUGCACACCUAUUACUGUCACUGACUGCCGCAGCUACGUUCUGCCUGUGUACACCUAUUACUGUCACUGACUGCCGUCGCUAUGUGCUGUUUGUGCACACUUAUUACUGUCACUGACUGCCGUCGCUACGUUCUGUCUGUGUAUGCAGCUAUUACUGUCACUGACUGCCGCCGCUACGUUCUGUCUGUGCACACCUAUUACUGUCACUGACUGCCGUCGCUACGUUCUGUCUGUGCACACCUAUUACUGUCACUGACUACCGUCGCUACGUUCUUUCUGUGUAAGCAGCUACUACUGUCACUGAUUGCCGCCACUACGUUCUGUCUGUGCACUCCUAUAACUGUCACUGACUGCCGUCGCUACGUUCUGUCUGUGCACACCUAUUACUGUCACUGACUGCCGUCGCUACGUUCUUUCUGUGUAUGCAGCUAUUACUGUCACUGACUGCCGCCGCUACGUUCUGUCUGUGCACACCUAUUACUGUCACUGACUGCCGCCGCUACCUUCUGUCUGUGCACACCUAUUACUGUCACUGACUGCCGCCGCUACGUUCUGUCUGUGCACACCUAUUACUGUCACUGAAUGCCGUCGCUACGUUCUGUCUGUGCACACCUAUUACUGUCACUGACUGCCGUCGCUACGCUCUGUCUGUGCACACCUAUUACUGUCACUGACUGCCGCCGCUCACAUUCUACAAACAUAUUUAUCGUCUGUGAGUGAUAUUAUUUAAAACAAGGGAGAUGAUUCAAUUUUAGUAAGAUUAUACGACACCAUUCUACAGAAAUAAAAUGCAUUUCCUUACAUUAACAUUUGUUUUACACCAUUGAACCGUUAUAUUUUUCUAAAUCAUAUUGUUUUAGAAACUGGCAAAAUUGUUUUAAAUAUCACUAAACUAUAUAUUGUUUCUGUUACCAGCUGUUUUACACAAACUACAUUUUUCUUAUAUAAACGAUAUAAUCACGUAACAUGCUAUUAAAUCUUAAAGAAAGCAAA